GUUAGCACAUCAAAUGGCGAACGAAGAACGAAUUCUAGCCCAGUUGAAAAAUGAAGAAGGAAAGAACUUAGGUGCUCCAAUCGACUUACCUUUGGACGUUACAGCGGAGGGACUGCAAACUAUCUGCAAUGCUUUACAAGAAAACGAAGAGGCUUUGCCAUAUGCAUUCUUUAUUCACAGCUUUGAAUUGACUGGCUGUCUUCGUGAAACUCUUGAUGAUCAAAGUACCGGUUACAGUACAGAGAAAGUGCUAGAAAUUGUUUGUCAACCACAAGCAGUAUUCAAAGUGAGAGCAGUGACACGCUGCACCAGCUCACUACCUGGUCAUACUGAAGCUGUCAUUGCUGUAUCAUUCAGUCCUGAUGGAAGGCAGUUAGCAAGUGGAUCUGGUGACACGACAGUCAGAUUUUGGGACAUUUAUACAGAAACACCAUUACAUACAUGCAAAGGUCACAGCCAUUGGAUUCUAUGUAUUUCAUGGGCAUCAGAUGGCAGCAAGUUAGCAUCUGGUUGCAAGAACAGUCAAAUUUGUAUUUGGGAUCCAUCAACUGGGAAGCAACUUGGUAAGACUCUGUUGGGACACAAAUUGUGGAUUACAUGCCUGACCUGGGCUCCACGGCAUAGUGACCCCGAGUGUAGAUAUUUAGCAAGUGCUUCAAAGGAUUGCACUGUUCGGAUUUGGGAUGUUUUUGUUGGUUUAUGUGUGAGGUCUCUCUCGGGACACACACAAUCGGUUACUUGUGUUAAAUGGGGAGGCGAAGGUCUGCUCUAUACUUCAUCUCAGGACAGGACAAUCAGAGUGUGGCGAGCAGAGGAUGGCAUUCUGUGUAGAAGUCUGCAAGGACAUGGCCACUGGGUCAAUACUUUAGCUUUGAGCACAGAUUAUGCGAUUAGGACUGGAUUGUUUAAUCCUGCACACAGCAGUGUAGUCCCUCAAGGAACCGCUAAUGAGCUCGCUUCGAUGGCUAAAGAGCGCUACUUGUCUGCAAAGGGUUCGAAGGCUGAAAUGCUUGUGUCUGGAUCUGAUGAUUUUACUAUGUUUUUAUGGAAUCCCAGUGAAAGCAAGAAGCCCGUAGCACAAAUGACUGGACAUCAACAGUUGAUUAAUCAAGUUCUGUAUUCACCCGAUGGACUGAUAAUUGCCAGUGCAUCAUUUGAUAAAUCGGUGAAACUGUGGAAUGGGUACACGGGCAAGUUUAUUGCUGCAUUAAGGGGUCACGUCCAAGCUGUUUACCAAAUUGCAUGGUCUGCAGACAGUCGACUUCUCUGCAGUGGAAGUGCUGACAGCACACUUAAGGUAUGGAAUAUUGCACAAAGGAAACUGCUUAUCGACCUGCCAGGGCAUGCUGAUGAGGUUUUCUCUGUUGAUUGGAGUCCAGAUGGUAGCCGAGUAGCAAGUGGUGGUCGAGAUCGAGUGCUUAAAUUAUGGAGGCAUUGAAUGACAAAGUUAUUCAUAUCAUUGAUGGAGAGAUCUUAUAACAAUAUCAACGUACUGAAUAUGAUAUUGUAUAGAAUGUGAUGCAUCAAUAAAUUAAUUAAGCCGACAUCCUCUUACGUCAUGG